ACCUAUUCCUAAAAGGCAGGACGCAUGUGUGGUGAACUUGAAGGUGAAAUGGAUUUCUAUGGGACUUUAGUUUUUCUGUCACUGAGGAGAGCUCAUUUUAACAUCCUGAAAUGCUUUUUGUUAAAUUUAACGUAUGAUUUCUUAAGAGUGUGACCUUAGAUUUUGAUCGAUUUCGAUUAUUCAUUGUAGAAUAAAUAUUGUUAGGAGAGCUUCUCGUUCUAUCCUUUGUAUUAUGAAAAAAAUGAAGUUUCUUAUUUGAAUAAUAAUAUGCUUGGCUAAAAUAGCCUUUUGUGGCUUCUAUACUUCUGAACAUUUGUUUUAAAUCUAGUUUCAAGGUUUUGAAAUCUUUAAUUUGGUCUCAAUUUUAUCAAACUGAAAUGUUAGAGGGUUGAGAGAUCCGUGUAUAGCAAAAAGAAAAGGAAAAAAAACAAAUCAAAGGACUUACAACCAAUGUCUCCACCAUCUGUUUCUGUUUUCAACAGACAAUAAUUUCCGGAUGUUAUAAUUUUACUCUUUAUUAAAAAUGUUUCUAAAUUUUCAACCCAACACAUAGUGAUCACUAUUUUCUAUCUCAUGAACAAAUUUAGUAAAAGAAUCUGGUUUUCCUCAUUCUAAACCAUUAUCCAAAUGCAUUCACAACUUUUUACUUCUAUGCAAGUCACUUGAGGAAGCAACAUGGAAUAGACUAAUGCCAAAUGAGGCAGUGAUGAAAAUGGUAUUGAGAAGGAAACUACGUGUGGUAUCUGUAAAGAAAGACAUUGACUGAACCAUAGGCAUUCUCGCCAUCAAAUCAAUAAUUCCCAUUGGGACAAAGGAAUAAACCAGAAGCAUAAACACCAAAGGUUAAGUGUGAGAGUUGGACUUUUUGGACAACUAUAGACAGUUAGCAGAAUCUAAGGAAAUGCAAUGCAGCUUAGUUGACAUCGCCACCUUGGUUAAUUCUAUGUGUUUUGUCCUUGUUGCACCCUUCUCUUCUCUGCUAUAAUCCUCCUCUUUACAAUCCCUUUGCUUGGGCCUUAGACCCCAAAAGUUGAGCUAUGGGUUCCUCUCGCUCACGUGCCUCUGCCACCGCCAAAGAACGCCUACGCUGGACACAAGAACUCCAUGAUCGCUUUGUAGUGGCUGUAAAUAGACUAGGUGGCCCUGAUCGGGCAACACCAAAAGGUAUAUUGAAAGGAAUGAAGACUAUGGGUAUUUCAGAGCUAAGCAUUUAUCAUGUCAAAAGCCACUUGCAGAAAUACAGGAUCUCCAAAUUGAUUCCAGAGUCCUCCACAAGAGGAAAAGUUGAGAAGAGAAGCAUAUCAGAUAUACUUCCAAAUUUUAGCUCUAUAUCUGCUCUUCAACUAAAGGAACUGCUUCAAAUGCAGAAAGAGGUGCAAAAUCGCUUGGGUGAUAAAACACAGGUUGCGAGAAGUAUGAAGGAAAAAGUUGAAGCACAAGGAAGGUACAUGGAGAGACUUGGACAAAGCAGUGAGAUGAAAACAAGAACUGGAAAAGCAUGCAAGGCUUUUGAUUCUUCUACAACUGCACCUCUGCCUUCUCUUUCUGAGGAAUCCGAAUCACUGAAAUCACAGAGUGAGAAAGAGCAUGAAUCAGUCAAAAAGCAAAGGAUUUCAGAAGAGGGUGUUUUUCCAUUAAGUUUUGAACAUGCAUCAUCAACCCCACCAGAAUUCUACAACCAAACAUGGAAUCUUCCUUGGAGCCAGCUUGCAGCAGCAUGCCUAUCAACUUUGGAUCCCAGUUUCAUAUUUUGAGUUUUCUUUGUUAAUAAUGUGUUUGCCUAAUAAAAGAAUGAUGCUGUUCAUCUUACUAUAAUGUUUGGUGUAUCUGUGUAAUAUAGUGCUGGAAAAAUAAAUAAAUAAAAGUUUGGGGUUGGCUAGAAUUAUAUCAUGUAUGUAUUUGGAGGUUGAUACUCUCGUUUGGAA